GUAAACCCUUCCAUCCUUAACCCUGCUUCCUGUCUUCGCCUCGGUUUUCAGUUUUGGUCUGAAGCAUUUCAACAGCGUCAUCCUCAAACAUUAUCCGUUUUUUGAAUGCUGAUGUGCUCUUCGAUUUGCUACUGACUGCCCGUGACCUCAUCUUGUCGAAAUCCUGGUGCUGUUCUUCUCUUGGCUGCUGCUUGUGACCUCUGUCCGUCGCCGCGCCGUCGUGGCUUCUUCGGAGUUCGUUCUGUUUUCUCCCUGUCAAGCUUGUGUCCUUAGUUUGUCAUUCUCUCCCCGUCAAGCUCACAGUCCGUUCUUUUUUCUCCAUUCUGGCCUCCAUCUUCACGACUCCGUAAAUAUCUAUCUAUUCCUCUCCUCUGUUAUUCCAUUGCCGGUGGCUCUGUUAUUGUGAGGUUUGGACUGACGUGAAUGUGAAGCUAUGAAAGGCGCUGGUUAGUAUCCUCUGAUUCUUCCCUCUCAGUGUUGUGGCUAUUUUUCUUGCCUGGGUUUUGAAUGUGAAUUCUGGAAAUGAUGAUUUUUGGAAAUGGAAUUGUUGCCUUUUGAAUUCACAUUUUUGCAACUGGGAUUGUUACCUCUAUCAAGAAUGAAGAGGAGAAGCAGGAAUGGAAUAGAGAUGAGAGUAUUGUUGGUUGUUGAAAGUUUUUUAUUUUGGAAUUAAUGCUUUCAACGGAUAUCUUCAGCACAGAAGUAGGGUGUGGGUUGCUUCUACAGUAACGUGGUUUAGAGGAAGAACAUAGUUUCAAUUUUGCCAUGUCUUUGUUGGUUUUCAGACAGGUUAACUGUGUUUUGGGUUGCUAGCUUCAUUUUGAGCUUGCAAAAUGCAGACCCAAACAUAAGCUCAAGAGUGGAUCAUUGCGCGUUACACCAUGCAACUCUUCCAAAUCCAGUUGACAUCUUAACGGAUGUUUUCACUUUGCAUGCAAAUGCUUUUCUAUCCCUUAUCAGAGACAAGUUGCCACUAAGCAAGGUUUUCAUUAAGAAUGGAAGUUCUUUCUUAUAUUUAUUAGUAAAUAGUAUUUUUACCAAAGUUUAUUUGAUCAAGCUUUGCUUUGAAUCGUGGUUAAGGAAGCUAUAUAUAAAAGUCUUUUAUCCACAAAGAAGGGGGGCUGUAUGUUCAAAUUGUUAUGCUCAAACCUGACAAGUCAUGUUGCGCAGUUGUCUGAUGGUCAAACUGGCUCCACAUUUGUCAUUCUUCACCCAAUACCCAAGACCAUUCAUUUGCUGGAAUCAUCGCUAUGGUUCUUCUCAUCUUGAUUGUUACAAUUCUUCUAUCAAUAUGAAGUGCAUUCUCAAACAGUUUUCCUAUAGCUUCUUAGCAGACCAGACAUCUCAUUUGAGCACUUUGAGUCAAGCAGCUACAUCAGUAGUUGAGUGCUCUGGAGGAAUUACUAGUAGACUUUCUAACAAAGCUAAGAGAAAAGCUAUCAACGAAUCUCCUGAGGGAAUCUUGAGGCAUAAGCUAAAUGAGUGCUCAAAGGGUGGGGACAUUGUUGAGGCACUUAAACUCUAUGACGAGGCACGAAGUAAUGGUGUUGCAUUGAAUCUGCACCAUUAUAACUCAUUACUAUACCUUUGUUCUUCUCAUGCUCAUGUCAAAAUAGACAACAAGAAUGAUGAAAAUACAAUGAUUUUAGGCCUUAGAAGGGGUUUCGAGAUUUUCCAGCAGAUGUUAGUCGACAAAGUUGCUCCAAAUGAAGCUACAUUUACAAGUACAGCCAGGCUUGCAGCUGCAAGGGAUGAUCCUGAAAUGGCUUUUGAAUUACUGAAGCAAAUGAAAAAUUGUGGUAUUGCACCAAAGUUGAGAUCAUAUGAACCUUCCCUUUUUGGAUUCUGCGAGAGAGGAGAUGCAGAUAAAGCUUAUGAAGUUGAUGCUGAUAUGAUUGCUUCUGGGAUUCUGGCUGAAGAGCCUGAGCUUUCUGCUCUUCUAAAACUUAGUGUUGAUGCAAAAAAGGAAGACAAGGUCUAUGAAAUGUUGCACCGUUUACGUGCUACUGUGAGGCAGGUGUCAGAAUCAACUGUUCAAAUUAUUGAAGAUUGGUUCAACUCGGAAGAUGCAGCAAAAGUUGGAGAAAAAUAUUGGGAUGUUUGCAUGGUAAGAAAAGGGAUUGCUCAGGGAGGUGGAGGAUGGCAUGGGCAAGGAUGGCUUGGAAGUGGGCAAUGGAAGGUGGUGAAGACUCAUGUAAAUGAUGCUGGCAUGUGUCUCUCAUGCAAUGAGAAACUUGUGAGCAUUGACAUUGAUCCAAAAGAGACUGAAAAUUUUGCUACCUCAUUAACUAGAUUGGCUUGCGAAAGAGAAACUAAGGCAAACUUUAACCAUUUUCAGAAGUGGCUUCAACAACAUGGUCCUUUUGAUGCAGUUGUAGAUGGUGCCAAUGUAGGCCUUGUCAGCACGCAUAAUUUCAGCUUUUUGCAGCUUAACACUGUUGUACAGCAAUUGCAACAAAUGAGUCCCUCAAAAAGAUUGCCACUUGUAAUCUUGCAUAUAAGUCGGGUUACUAGUGGUCCUGCUCGGAAGCCACAUAACAAGAAACUCUUAGAAUAUUGGAAGAAAAAUGACGCUCUUUACGCUACACCUCAAGGUUCCAAUGAUGACUGGUACUGGCUAUAUGCAGCUGUUAGCUGUAAAAGCUUGUUGGUGACAAAUGAUGAGAUGAGAGAUCACUUGUUCCAACUAUUAGGUUCUAGUUUUUUUCCAAGAUGGAAGGAAAAGCAUCAGGUUAGGCUGUCAACCUCAAAUAAUGGGCCUUCCCUCAUCAUGCCUCCACCAUAUUCAACAGUUAUUCAGGAAUCAGCCAAUGGUAGUUGGCAUGUGCCAAGAGUGAGUGAUGAUGAUUAUGGAACCCCAAGGCAGUGGUUGUGUGCAACCAGAUCCACAAAUAUAUCAUCAGUACAUCAAUUGUUUACUUCUCCCUCCGCAUCUAUGGCUGCUUAGGAAUAUGAGCUCGAGGUCUUUCAAUUUUGGUUCCAGGAAUGUGGAUUUUAUGUUAUUCAUUAUUAUUAUUAUUAUUUCGGUAAGAACAAAAUGUAAAAUAAACACAAUUUUUUAAUUUAAAAAAUUAGAAAUGCCAAAUUUCAAAUUUAGAUUA